UUAAGGAUAAUAAAUUGGAAUGAAAAAGGGCAUCCAGUUGGUACUAACUCAGUGCAAUUUUCUUCUUUUGUGGGCGCUCUUGUGCGAGAGGUUGUUCCUUACACUAUUUCAGAUUGGAGGAAAGUUUCACCAAUGAUGAGAGAUGUUCUUUGGGCAUCUAUUCAGGCACAAUAUGACUUACAUGAUGAUUGGCAAAAAAAAGAUGUGCUUUGAAAUGAUGGCAGAACUAUGGAGAGCUGGGAAAUCUAGACUUGUAGAGGAUAUUGUCAAUGAAAAAAAUGAGAGUGAACGACUAGCCUUAAAGCCGGAUUGCAUAAAAAGUGAUGUAGAAUGGAGAGCAUUUGUUGCCAAAAAAAUUAGUAAAGAACAUUUGGAUAUAAGGGCCAAAUGCCAAGAGAAAAGAAAGAAAGUUGUUCCACACACUUUAAGUCGAAGAGGAUAUGCUCGAACAAUUGAUGAUAUGAAGAAAGAAAAUGAGGAUGGUAAAAUAUCUAGAGUCAAUGCUUUUCGGAUAGCCCAUACCAAGAAGAAUGGUGAACCUGUAAACCUAACGGCAUCUGAUAUUUUUGGUUCAUUGAUUGAGAUUCUCGUUGAAGACCUAAAAUCUGGAACUACAGACAACGCUGAUGAGGAUGCCUUGACAAAAUUGUUUGGUAACCCAAAAUCUGGUUGUUUAAUCGGACAAGGAAGAGGCGUGACAAGGUCAAAGCUAACUGUUGUUAAUAUGUGUAAUAGCAAGAUCUCCAAGUUAGAAGAAGAGCAACAUAAUAUGAAGCUCAAAAUGACUGAAAUGAUGAAUCUACUUAAAGAACACUUGGUUGGUGGUAAAGUGACACCAAGCGAAGGACAGUCUCGCAAUGUACCGCAGUCAAACAAUAUUCAGUCCCCUAAGAGUAUUGCACUAGAAAAAAGACAUAACUUUACAGAAGGGAAGAAUGCUUGCUACUUGCUUGACUGGGCAGAUGCAAUUGUUGCUGACGGUCGUUGGGAUUCUAGUGAUCCAAAUAUAACUGUACAUGGAAAGCCUCUUGGACCAGACUUUAUGCGAGUAUGGGUUGAUGUUGCUAUUGUACCAGAGUCUUACUUAUUUCAUCCUAAUCAUGCGAUGCUUACAAUACAAGAAGUAGUUGGUUCCACAAUUGCAUGGCCUUCUAAAAAAGUUAUUCCAAGAGUUAAGUAUGAACGGAGCUUUAACCUACCAAGAUAUCCGAGCCAUUAAGGCUUUAAAAAGAAUAAGGGAGCCAAGAAAGACCGUAGGAGCACUAGAAAGGAUCACUCGAAGAUUGCUCUUGUUCCACCAAGAGAUAGGUCACCUUUAAGAGUCUAAGCAAAUAAUGUUAAGAUCAACGGAACAAUAUGUACUAAUAAUUAGGCUAUUUAAAGAUUUCCAUCCUAUAAUAGCAACCUUAGAAGAAAUAUGGGAAACCAUGAAUGAUGAGGAUGAACUGCCAUUAGCAAUGCGUUAUUAUUUCCUCUUAGUUAGGUUCACUGCGAAAUUCGAGUUUCAAUUCACAAAUGAGCAAAAACAUAGGAUUCUCACAAACCUUCCUAGAGGACAUUUUGAUGCACAUGACAAUGAUGAUUAUGAGGAGAUAGAUGAUGAUAUGCUAGAUGAAGGAUCAGAUGUAGAAGAUCCCGAUUUUUAGAAUAGUAGUUUUCAUUGUUUGUUUUAUUUCUUUCUUUAUUUUGUGACUGUAAUAUGUGAAAAUUAUUUUUCCAAAUGAAUAACAUGCUAUUUUAUUAUCAUGUAUGAGUUUGAUUUUAUUUUCGCAAUCAUAAUAAGUAAUAAAUAAAAUGAAUAAUGACUAAGUUCGGUGAGGGUGGAUACAAAUCAAUGAACCAAGUUUCCUUAUUGAGAGUUAGGGGGCCUUAGUAGUGGGAAUGAUUUUACUGAUCCCAGCCCUCCCUCAAUAUGGUUAACUUUGGAACAAAGAUAAGUUUCGAGCCUGAGAAUUUAGUCAUAUAGGAUGAUUAGAAACACACUUAGAAAAUAAAGAUUACUUGUUUUUCUAAGUAUAGAAACCCACUCUAAAUAAUAAAUAAAGACUUAUAUAAUUUUUUCAUAAAAAGUCAUAAUAGAUAGGUCCGAGAUAUGUUUGUUUUAGAAUAAGUUUUUUCCUUAGAGCCUAUUAGGGUAAGUUCUAACAUGUUUCUUUCAACUGUUAGAACUCUGCUACGAUGUCGCUCCGAAGAUCUGCACGCACCAACGGAAACGCCUCCAACGAUGUUCCAGCGACCAAUGAAGUCCCUCCAGUUCACCGAAGGGGAGUGCGUGCUACUGCCCGCCGCAACGCGCCGGCACCGCCAGCUGACAACACUGCAGAGAUUGCCAGACUGCGAUAGCAAGUCGAGGAACUUUUGCAACAACAACGCCAACAGGCUCAAACUCAGCCUCAGCCUCCGCCGCAGCCGCAGCCACAGCAAAUGGCCCCAGCACCCCAACAAGUUGGUCCAUAUGGGAGAUGGCCUAUGAUGAACUACGCGCCGUAUCCAGUACCGAACAUGGAGCCAGUGUAUGAAAGGUUCCGCAAGCAGCAUGCUCCAAACUUCGAAGGGACUACAGACCCCUUUGUGGCAGAAGAGUGGCUAAGGAAUGUGGAGCCGAUUCUGACACACAUGAACCUUAGUAAUGCGGACCGCAUAUCCUGCGUCUCGUCCUUGCUCAAGAAGGAUGCCAGGAUAUGGUGGGACUUGGUCCAGCAAUCCCAUGAUGCUGCCACCAUGACAUGGACCCGAUUUGUGGAGCUGUUCCACGAAAAGUACUACAACUCAGCUGUCCUCGCGUCAAGAGUUGAGGAGUUUGCCAACCUGAAGCAAGGAAAUUUAACAGUGGCAGAGUAUGCUCGUCAGUUCGACCGCUUAGCAAAGUUUGCAGCGGAGAUGGUUCCAACCGAUUUUCUGAGGGUGAACAAGUUUGUUAGGGGACUUCGACCGAAAAUCAAGAUGGGGGUUAAGCUAGCGAACCCGGGAAACACUACAUAUGCCGACGUUCUUAAGACGACAAUUGAAGUAGAAAGGUUGUAGGCCAAUGUAAGCAAAGAAGAAGCCAAUAAGCCUGAACCUAAACAGUAGAGCCAACCUCAGGCCAGUCGGAACAACAACAACCAUAAUGGCAGUAAUCGGUCCAGCAACAACGGUAACGGCCAGAAAAGACGGCAUCCGGAUAACAAGAAGUUCGACAGUGAUAAGAAGGCACGUACGAACAACGAAGGGAAUAGGCCGGGCUACGUGGAGUACCCGCCAUGUUCUAAGUGUCAGAAGAAGCAUCCUGGAGAAUGCCGCGCAAACACCAAGGAGUGUUUUAACUGUGGUCAAGAAGGGCAUCGUAAAAGAGAUUGUCCUCAGCAAAAGCCAGAAGGGAAGAAGGACGAAAAGAUGGUUCCUGCUAGGGUUUUUGCUUUAACCCAAGGAGAGGCCGAUGCUAGCAACAAGGUGGUCACAAGUCAGGUUUCUAUCCUCAAUAACUUAUGUCAUGUAUUAUUUGAUUUGGGAGCCACUCAUUCGUAUAUCUCGUUAGGAAUGAUAGAAAAACUAGACAAACCUAGUGAAAGAUUUAGAACUAGGUUUGUAACCGAGUUGCCUUCGGGCAAAGUAGUUCUAUCAUCACGAAUAGUACGAGGCGUACCAAUCAAGAUUGAGGACAUAGAACUAGAAGGAGACCUGAUAGAGCUAGUGAUCAAGGACUUCGACGUAAUACUAGGCAUGGAUUGGCUAGCACGGCAUGGCGCAACGAUCGACUGCAAACGCAAGAAGGUGAUGUUCGAGACUCCUGACGGCCAGAAACUAUGCUUCAUGGGACAAGCUUCAGGAUUGCGCACCCCGUUAGUGUCAUCUCUCAAAGCUCAGAGAAUGAUGGAGAAAGGAUGUCAAGCAUUCUUAGCUAGCAUCACGAACGUGGAAAGGGAGAUGCCGCUUAAGGUUGGAGACGUUCGUGUUAUACAAGAAUUUCCAGCGGUAUUUCCCGAUGACUUGCCAGGAUUGCCGCCAAAUUGAGAAAUAGACUUCACGAUAGAAUUAGUACUAAGCACCGAGUCUAUCUCUAAGGCACCAUACCGGAUGGCACCUAUGGAACUCAAGGAGUUAAAGAUGCAGCUACAAGAACUCUUAGACUUGGGUUUUAUUAGGCCAAGCCAUUCACCAUGGGGAGCACCGGUACUAUUCGUGAAGAAGAAGGAAGGAAGUAUGCGGAUGUGCAUAGACUAUCGUGAGCUGAACAAAGUAAUGAUUAAGAACAAGUACCCGCUACCUCGGAUUGACGAUUUGUUUGAUCAACUCCGAGGCGCAACGGUAUUUUCAAAGAUCGAUCUACGGUCAGGAUAUCAUCAGCUCAAGGUAAAGGGAGAAGAUAUUCCUAAGAUAGCCUUUAGGACUCGUUAUGGACAUUACGAGUUCUUGGUGAUGUCUUUUGGUCUUACUAAUGCACCAGCCGUGUUUAUGGACUUAAUGAAUAGGGUCUUCAAAGACUACUUGGAUAAAUUCGUCGUUGUGUUCAUCGACGACAUUUUAAUUUACUCCAAGGAUGAAGUAGACCACGAGGAACAUUUGAGGUUGAUUUUGACGCGAUUGAAGGAACAUCAACUCUACGCAAAGUUCAAUAAAUGCGAGUUUUGGCUUUCGCAAGUGGCGUUCCUCGGGCACAUUAUAUCGAAAGAUGGAGUUGCAGUAGACCCAUCAAAGGUAGAAGCCGUGAAGGAUUGGCCCAGACCAAAGAACGCAUCUGAAGUAAGAAGUUCCUAGGGCUAGCAGGUUAUUAUAGGAAGUUUGUAGAGGGCUUUUCUAAGAUAGCCACUCUGCUCACCAACCUGACCCGGAAGCAACAAAAGUUUAACUGGAAUGAUAAGUGUGAAGAAAGCUUCCAGUUGCUUAAGGAUAAGCUUUGCUCAACACCAAUACUCAGUGUACCGACACCCAACGAUAAGUUCGUUGUCUACUGUGAUGCAUCGAAGCAAGGAUUGGGUUGCGUACUAAUGCAAAAUGACAAGGUGAUAGCCUAUGCCUCACGACAGCUAAACGAGUACGAACAGCGCUAUCCAACUCAUGAUAUGAAGUUGGCAGUGGUGGUUUUUGCGUAAAAAAUCUGGCGCCAUUAUCUUUACGGAGAACAGUGCGAGAUUUAUACGGACCACAAAAGUUUAAAGUACUUCUUUACUCAGAAGGAGCUCAACAUGAGGCAGUGCAGGUGGUUAGAGUUAGUCAAGGAUUACGACUGAGAAAUCCUAUACCACCAAGGAAAGGCGAACGUGGUUGCCGAUGCGCUUAGUAGGAAAAGCUAUGGGAAUUUAGCAGCCUUAUCUGGAAUAGAAAAGCCGCUACAGCAGGAGCUUAUCAGUGCCGGAAUAGAAGUGGUUGUAGGCAAGCUGGCUAACUUGUCUAUCCAAUCGAAUCUGCUAGAGGACAUACGGAUUGGUCAGAUACAUGAUGAAUCGCUAGCAGCACAUAUGGAAGCAGUCAGAGAAGGCAAGAAUACCGAUUUCUCAAUAUCUAGCCAAGGCUUAUUGAGAUAUAAGGAUCGAGUAUGCGUGCCAAAUGAUCAAAGUAUUAAGAAGACAAUUCUGGAAGAAGCGCACAGCACUUCGUACUCAGUUCAUCCAGGGUCUACCAAGAUGACUCAUGACAUCAAGGCAAUCUAUUGGUGGCCAGGGAUGAAGGACAUAGCGGAGUAUGUAUCUAAGUGUUUGGUAUGCCAGCAAGUGAAAGCGGAGCAUCAGCGGCCUGCAGGUUUAUUGCAACCGCUUAGCGUGCCAGAAUGGAAGUGGGACGAUAUAUCCAUGGACUUCGUGACGGGUCUGCCAAAGACGAAUAAGCAGCAUGAUUCCGCUUGGAUAGUAAUAGAUAGACUAACCAAGUCAGCUCAUUUUUUGCCUGUUAAGACUUCAUACACGACAGACCAAUAUGCAGACGUCUACAUCCAAGAGAUAGUACGGUUGCAUGGAAUCCCCAAGACAAUAGUGUCAGAUAGAGGAUCGGUGUUUACAUCGAGAUUUUGGGGAAGCUUACAGGAAGCUAUGGGUACUAAGUUAAGUCUUAUUACAACUUUUCAUCCUCAGACUGAUGGGCAGUCCGAGCGUACAAUUCAGAUUUUAGAGGAUAUGCUACGCGCGUGUGUACUUGAUUUUCGAGGAUCAUGGAACAAGUACUUGCCGCUGAUCGAGUUCUCGUACAACAACAGCUACCAGUCAACGAUCGGGAUGGCACCUUAUGAGUUGCUGUAUGGAAGAAGGUGCCGAUCACCGUUGCACUGGGACGAGGUAGGAGAAAGGCAGCUUCUAGGGUCUGAAGCUGUUAGACAAGCUCAAGAAGCAGUAGCACUUAUUAGACAGCGUAUGCUUGCUGCUCAAAGUCGUCAGAAAAACUAUGCGGAUGCCAAGCGACGCGAUGUGGAAUUCCAAGACGAUUAUUCAAAUUAUUUUCACCUAAAAAGCUAUUAUUUUUAUUCAAGUAAAAUUAAGAUCCUUUCAUUCCUAAACUCUAUAAAUAGGACCUAGUACCUAGCCAUUAUUCACCCUUUACUCUAAGUUCAGAGGCUGCAAGUGCUAGGAGAGUGUGAGAGUUAAACACUUGGGUGGGGAAAUCAUAAGCUUUAUCAUCAUAAGCUUAUCAAACACUUGGGGAAGUAAGGUUUCAUAGUAUUUCGGUUCAAGGUUUAGAUUGGUCUACAAGUCUUCAAGGUAUUUCUAUACCUUAGUUCAUUGGUAUUAUGUUAUUUUCUUUCUCAUAGUCUUCUACUCAGUCUUCUAACCUUAUUCUUAUUUUGGUUAGGAAAUCUAAGAACUUGCACAUAAGUUUUUGGUAAGUAUGUUUCUCCAAGGUUUAGUCCUUCCGUUCCUUUCAUUUCUCUAUUUCUUCUAUAGACUCACCUUUUCUUAAUGGUUAUUAGGAGUGUUCCAAAGUCCCAACGCUGUCCUCUUGUCCCUGUAACUUUGGUAAGGAAAAUAGGAUAGAAAUUCUUAUGUUAUAUGUUUUACAUGUUAUCUUAUGUUUCUUAUGUUAUGAUAAGUGUUAUGAUAUGUAUGUUUGUAGGCUUGGGCAUAUGACCCAUAUGACUAACAAGACCCCAAAUAGAUUAUGGGCAUAUGACCUACUUAGCUAGUAAGACCCCACUAAUCUCAUGGGCAUAUGACUUGUUUAGUCUAUGGGACCCCAAGUAAUAAUGGCCAUUAUAGUAUGUGUAUGAUAAAGUGUUAUGUUAUGUCUUUAUGUUUCUUAUGAAAUUUAUGUAUAUGAACUAUGUGUUAGAUUUUUCCUUGCUGGGCAUUAGGCUCAUUCCUUUUUGUUUAUAUGUGCAGGAAAAUAGCUAUAGUGGUGGUAAGAUUCGUGGAUGCUUGGGGAAUGUGUAUCGGUGGUGAAUGGAUUCAAGGAGUCGAGAGUUCAAUUUUUGAGGAUGUAGUCUUAUUUUUACGGUCUUUAUAUGUAUUUUCCGCACUUAUUAUGUAACUUCUUUUAUUUUAAAUUAUGUUUUGUUUUAAGACAAUGGGAUCCCAUAUCCUACUUAUUUCAUGAAAGUAACUCUUAUUUCUACAAGUUUCUAAUAAAUUUAUGGUAUUUUCGCAAAUGUAAGUUUUAUUAAGGAUUUGUAUGUAUAGUUUCGUUAAUGG